ACACUCCGAUCAAGAACCGUCUGACCCAGCAUGCUGCAGCGCAUCCCUGGCCUCGCCGCCAGAGCGACGCUCUUCCGCCCGUUCAGCCCGUCGCUCUUGCAGAUCAAUCGUCUGCAAGCACAAGUGUCUUGGCCUCGGACAAGGACGAUCGCUUUGCGGACGCUAUCGACAGCCCAUGUGCGAUUGGAGGAUCUCAAGGGAUUCCAGAGCUUGGCCUUGCCUGCGCAAAUGAUCCAAAGUAUCUCCUCCAAGGGUAUCGCCCAGCCAACGCUGAUCCAGGAACGGGCCAUACCGGUGCUUCUGGAGGGCAAAGACGCCAUUCUGACGGCCGAGACGGGGUCCGGUAAAACGCUUGCAUAUCUUCUCCCGAUCCUGGCGCGGAUGCAAGCGCUCAAGAGCCAAGGCACAGAUCAGGAGCCGAGCGAGCCCUCAGAAAGCGCCCGCAAUUUAGACGCUCUGUCGCCAACGGCCCUGUUUGUCGUUCCGAGCCGGCAUUUGGCCAUCCAGCUGCUGUCGGUUAUCCAGGCCGUCCAGCCGACCGGGCUGACGGCGCUGCUGGCACCCUUCCCCGCCGAUUUUCCAGCGCACCAGUUCAGGCGCCCGGACAUUGUUGUGACCUCGCCGACAUUCCUGGUCAACAUGAGCGAUCCACAGCUCAAGCAGUUCUUCCGCCGAGUCGAGUUUGUGGUCAUUGACGAAGCCGACACGGUCAUCAACUCGUACUACAACAUCAGUCUGCGAAUCAUGAAUCUGGGCCUUGCCAAGCGGUCGCCUGGGCGGUCGCAUCGGCCCCAAUAUAUUUUUGCAGGAGCAACACUUCCCCCGGUCAAGUCGGAUCGAGAACGGUCCCCACGCGCGCUGAUGCUCAAAAAGUUCCCUGGGAUCGUUACCCUGGGAACGCCGGGUCUACACCGCCUGCCGCCAAACAUCCUGGAACUCUUUGUGCGGGUCUCCGAUGAGACCGAAGGCGAGACUCCGUCGAGCGACGAGUUCGGAACCAAGCUGAAGGGCAUGCUCUCUCUGCUUCUCACGCGCGUGCGUGAAAAUGCCGAGCAUGAAGACGGACCCGAGCGAUGGAUCGUCUUUUGCAACUCACAGCACAGCGUCGAGCAAGUCCAUGCUGCGUUGACGGCAGCAAGCACGAUCGAAGGCCAGAAUGACGACCUGUCGCCGGGCUGGCUCCAGUCGAUUCCGUUGCACGCGGGCAUGCCCAAAGCCCAGAAGGACGAGUCGCUUGCGACCAUUUUCGGACAGCCACAAACGGCGCUGAUCCAAACAAUCGUCAGCAGCGAUGUGUAUGCACGAGGCAUGGACUUUGCAGAUGUUUCCACUGUCGUCAACUUUGAUUUUCCCAACGAUGCGGCGGGCUAUGUGCAUCGGGCCGGCCGAACGGGCCGCGCUGGCCGAUCUGGCGAAGUGAUCAGCUUUGUGACCAAGGCUGAUGAACGGCUGGUGAGCUUUAUCGAAGCCGCUGCCUCUGGCGACACAUCCAACACACGGCUCAAGAUCCACGACAACUUUUACGAGAGCCUGGGCUCGGGCGAGUCGGUGGCAGAGACGUCCAUGCAGGCGGUAUCGAACUCGGUCAAGUUGCCACUGACGGGCGUCCUGAGUCGCAAGGGCUCCCUCAAGAAGGCCAUCAAACGCAAGGCCCAAAGGUCCUCUGGACCCUCGUCGUGAAUAUAUUGUAGAUACGGAACGUCGUAUGCGAU